AGCUCCCGAGCGAGACGCACGUCUCCCGGUCCUCUGCAGACGAACUCACGCGAUCGUCUUCCGAUUAAAAUACGAAACAAGAUUAAGUGUUGUGUCCACUGGAUCUGGAGUGCUUGCGGACGUUAGUGACUUUUGAAUUACGUUUGUUUGGACUAUUCCCAAUUGUUUCCCCAUUCGAGGAUUUAAGGAUUUUCCCCGAAAAUUACACGCCCCAUCAAGCUCAUGACUCCAAGAAAACAGUUAUAACAUCAAGUUAUCUGCCUAGACUUAGGUAACCGGUGGCGUAUACAUGAGAUGUUAUGGGCUCACGCAGCGUAGCGAAGUGGCGCUGGUGGGUGGUGGUGGUGGCUUGCGCGUGGGGCGCCGCGGCGCGCACGCUCUGCCCCGCGCGAUGCGCCUGCGACGACACUCUGCGCGCCGCCUCCUGCGCCAACGCCAGCCUCGAGAUCGUCCCCAUACAACUCAACCCAGAGGCCACCCACAUCAACCUCACGCACAACGCCAUCGACAACCUCCUCUACACAUUCGGCUUCUACACCCAGCUCACCAUCCUAGACAUCUCCUACAACAAAAUACAAGACUUAGGUAGUAAAAACUUUGAGAACAACCAGGAGAUGACGCAUCUCAAUGUCAGCCACAAUUUCCUCAAGCGCCUAGAUAAGGAUACGUUUAUUGGACUGAAGGGACUCGUCGACUUAGACUUGUCCGAUAACGAAAUAUCAAAUAUUCACGCACAGACCUUCAAAGCUUUAUCUGUACUGGAAAAGCUUGAUUUAUCUAACAAUAAGCUGGUUAGCUUCGAAGCGAACACAUUCGAACCCCUGACGGCAUUGAAGAUCUUAUCGCUUAAGAAUAAUUCCAUAUUGGAUAUACCGUCGGCUAAUCUUUUAUUCGUCUUUCAUUUAGAAUAUUUAGAUUUAUCAGAAAAUUUAAUACAGCAAGUUUCCAAACAUGGGAUACCAUAUUUGAAGGAAUUGAAGAAUUUAGAUUUAAAUAGCAAUAUUAUUGAUAACGUGGACCAACUAGGAUUCCACAGAUUGCCUUCGCUGAGGCACUUAGAUCUGAGCGAUAAUAACAUGACGACGAUUCCCACAUCUGCACUGUCGAAACUAUCAAACUUGUCGCAUUUAUAUCUCAGUGGCAACUUUUUUCAAAACGUAACAGCUCUCUCGUUUCAAAGUCUGUUCCAUUUGAAGCAUUUACAUCUGAGCAGACUUUACGAACUAGAUAAAAUCGAUUCGAAAGCUUUUGUCGACAACAUAAAUCUACAGAAGAUAUGGAUGAACGAAAAUGUUAAAGUAAGUGAAGUUCCCCCGAGACUGUUUCAUGGCAAUCCUAAGCUGACUCACAUUUACAUGAGGAACAAUGCUUUAGAAACGCUGGAAGCGUCUCACUUCCCGAUUGAUAGACUGCAAGAAUUAGAGAUCUCCGGUAAUCCGUACGUCUGCAAUUGUUCGAUAUUGUGGCUGUGGAAGCUUGCGAGAGAAAGUGAAAUAAGCCAUAGAAAAUCUGGAAACGCAAGUACGAUUCUAAAAAUAGACUAUGAGGACGUGAGGUGUUCAGCUCCAGAACACUUGAAGGAGAUAAUAUUUAUCCAGGUUCCCGAAUCGGAAUUUGGGUGCUCAAAUGGGUGGGUGAUAGUUGCGGUUGUGGUGCUAACUGUGAGUAUCGUUAUAAGUGUGGUUGGUGGAGUUUUAUAUUUUAUGGGACCUUUGAAGAAGUGCAAAGGAGACAAGUCGAAGCAAGUGAUGACGAGUGUCAUGUUGAACGGUGACGUGUCAAAGUUGAGUAACGGUUUAGGUUAUUCAACGAGGAGUAGGGAGCAAGAGAACAAGAGAGACGUUGACCGGUACCUGAUGAUCGGUUCGUCUGUGACAAAUAACUUCCAUUCGUUAAACCCCCCGUGGCAUAGUGUAGAUAAGAACCCGUACUACCAAGAGGACAGUGAAGAACACAUCUACCAACAAUUUGCGUACGAAACUAUCCCACAUCAUAGAACGCCGGAGAAACCACACAUAGUGUACGUCUAACAAAAGUUUUGCGCAAAGGACAAUGUCGCAGAUAUAUUCUUUGGCGCGUUACAUGUAUAAACUGAAAAGUGUAUUGUCAACACGACAAGGAACAUUGAAUAUGCAAUAAUGUAAAUAGUGAUACGAUUGAAAUUGUAAUAUGUGAUAGCUUUGUAUAUAAACGUGUAAAUAUGAUGAAAUUGCGAAUAAAGACAUGAAUAAAGACGCUGUUCUCGAUUUUGUACUUAAAUCAAUUGGUCAGGUUAACGGCCGUAUACUGAAACGAUAUGUAGGUACUUAAACGACUUUACGACAUCACUUGUUAUUAAUAUAACGUCUGUUAGACUUUAGUGGAAAUUUAUGUCUGCAAAGUACAGAUGCAAAUAUUUUUUUCUUUGGUCAUGUUGAUCAUUUUGAUGAGAAUUUAAAAAAUAUAUUGGAUUUAAGUAACGUUUCAGUAUUUGGCCGUGUAUUUAUUGAGGUGGACGUAACAGGACAAAAUAGUGUUAAUCAUUGAAUUUAUUUAAAAUAAGCGUUGUCAUCUGUAUGGAUGCUCAAAAUAUGUAUGUUCGAUGGCAGCACAUCAACCUAUACACUGUGGCAUCUUAAGUGGUUGUAUUAGGUGCUAUUUUGCAACAAAAAUGUAUAGUCUGAUGUGCUGUCGACUGCAAGUUAUAAUUGAUUUUGUCCUAAAUAGUCCAGGAGCUAGACUCCAUUUUUUUCAUAGCAUAGGUGAUCACAGGAUCAAUGUACUGUUUUGUUUAUUAACUAGUUCCUUUCAAAUAUGGGUACUCAAUAUUGUAAGUUGCUUGUGAAAAAUCUUUAAGAGAUAACGUGUACUAAAUUAAUAAUAAUCAUUGUGUAUUUGUAUAGUACAUUUGUAUAUUUUCUGAAUUAAAACACCAAUACUUGAUGAAAACUUUGUACAAAUAUGAGCAAUAUAGAUUACUAACUUCAAAUACUAUAAUGUCGUUAAUUUUAUUCGAAACAUUGUUAUAGCUUACCUAUUAGUUGUACUAUAUUAGAGAAAUAAACCUUUUUGACUUAUGUAUCAUGUGCUUAAGACAUUUACCUACAUACAUAGCAUGAAAUAUUAUAUAGAAACAAUAAUUAUAAACCAGUUGCUCUGAUGGGAAGGGGUACAAAAUAUAAAUACAGUUUUAUUGGCUAUUUUUGUAAGUUCAUUUCUGAAAACUUAUUUAAAGGCAUUUGUUUCGAUAGAUAUCUGAAAUUGAUAUUUUUAUACGUAGAUGGUAUGCAUUGAGGUUUGAUUUUGAAGAGUCCGGCUUGAAAUUGAAUAUAACAAGCAAUAAUUAUAUCCUACCUAUUAUAAUUAUGGUAAAUAAAUUAAAUCCUUCCCUUUGAUCCUAAAGUACCCACCUAAUUUGCCUCUCGUCACUAAAUUUAGAAAUUUUGAUUACUUUGGUAAUUUGGUUAGUCAAAUGACCCAGUUUGUCCUAUAACCUAAAAUAUAAAUUUAAUAAACAACUGAAAGGUAUGACACCAAUUUAGUAUAAAGCGUACAAAUUAUUUAAUAUCUAGUCGAAGCCGGCCUCUCAGAAUCAUCGCGAUAUUUAGACAAGUAUAAAAGUUAUGAUGGUAAUUUUAUAUGUAUAAAUUUAUUUAAAUAUUGAAAUACAUAUAACCAAUGAACACCAUACCUAUUCUGUCGAUACCUACAGUCAUACUAAUAGAGUAAGGCUAUUUAUACAUACUUACUAAAACUUUUGUUAUUAAACUUAUUUAAAUAUAUAAUGCAUUAAAACAAACGACAAUUAAACCAUUAAAAAAAAUUA